CCAAUUUUAAACACGUUGUUUGUUUUUUUUCAGCUGAAUAUUUCGGUAGUUUCAGCAACAAUGUCUUCAGUUCAGCGUCUGAGGGAGUUUAUCAGAGAGCGACUAACUGCUGCUGCUGAAGAAAUCUUCACAGAGGUUGAAAAAACCAUCGUCCGCUAUGAGGAAGACAUCAGACUGAUGGAAACCUGCUGGAACCCGCAGAUAAAACUCCAAAGAAUCGAACUUGAAAAGCAGCAUGUCUACAAGGAGGAGAAGGUUCCUAUGGACCAGCAUCUCCAUGAACAAGAGAAUAAAUGCAGCCUGGACCAUCUGGAACCAGAACCUCCAGUGACUAAAGAGAAACAAGAGGAAUCAGAAUCUCAUCUAAUUAAAGUGGAGCUAGAGGAAUCAGGACCGCCGCUGAUUAAAGAACAAGAGGAAUCAGGACCGCCGCUGAUUAAAGAACAAGAGGAAUCAGGACUGCCGCUGAUUAAAGAACAAGAGGAAUCAGGACUGCCGCUGAUUAAAGAACAAGAGGAAUCAGGACUGCCGCUGAUUAAAGAACAAGAGGAAUCAGGACUGCCGCUGAUUAAAGAACAAGAGGAAUCAGGACUGCCACUGAUUAAAGAACAAGAGGAAUCAGGACUGCCGCUGAUUAAAGAACAAGAGGAACCAAACUCUCCUCUGAUCAAAGUGGAACAAGAGGAAGACCUGCAGCAGGACACUGAAUGUGUGACUCCUGGUUCUAAGGAAACAAACCAGUGUGAAGCUGAUGAACCCCAUGAUAAUGAAGCCAUCCUCCACUGCCCUCCUGAUCCUGAGGCCAGAGAUCCAGCUGCAAGUGAGAACCGAGAUCCAGGAUCCGAGAAAACUGCAGAGCUGAAACCAAAGAAGAGAAAUCCUCAAAAAGGAAGUAAAAAGAAACAACUGUCAAAGAAUCCAUCCAGUAAAUCCAAACAAUCAGUCCAGUGUGGCAUUUGUAGCAAAUUCCUAAACUCCAAGUCCUACUUGAAGGUUCACUUGAGAAGACACACGGGUGAGAGGCCGUUUGCGUGCACUCGUUGUGAUAAAAGGUUUUAUCAGAUGUGUAAUCUGAAACAUCAUGAAAGAAGCCACACAGGGGAGAAGCUGUAUUUCUGCAAAAUAUGUGGAAAGAGCUUCAGUUAUCGUACUCCUUUCAAAUUCCACAUGAAAAUCCACUCUGACAGAAACCGUACCGCUGUGAAACCUGUGGAAAUAGCUUCAGAAGCAGCGAUAAGUUAUUGAUACAUACGAGGACCCACACCGGAGAGGAGCCAUACCCGUGUGACAUCUGUGACAAAAGAUUCAAGGAGUCAUCAAAGUUAAAACGGCAUCGGAGGACCCACACAGGAGAGAAGCCAUACAGGUGUGACACGUGUGGG